CUCAAUGCAAACACUAUGCGGAGAGCAAUCGGCUUCCCUGCGCUGUGCCUGCUUCUUAAUCUUCAAGCUGCAGGAUGCUUUUCAGGAAAUAAUGAUCACUUUUUGGCACUUCAUCAUAAGAAGAGUGGGAAGCCAGCAUUCCUUUAUCACCAUUCACAAGACAUUGAGAAGAGCCUGGAUAUAGCUCCACAAAAGAUGUACAAACAUUCCUCUUCUGAAGCUCAAAUGAGUAAACACCACACAAUUGUUAAUUCAGCAUUUCCUCGACCUGCGUAUGAUUCAUCUCUCAAUCUGUUGGCUGUGGCUGGUCAAGAUCUCGAAGUGGAAAACCUUCCGAUCCCAGCAGCAAAUGUAAUUGUGAUAACACUGCAAAUGGAUGUCAACAAGCUGAACAUAACCUUGCUUCGAAUAUUCCGCCAGGGAGUGGCGGCCGCUUUGGGGCUCCUUCCCCAGCAAGUGCACAUCAACCGCCUCAUUGAAAAGAAGAACAGCGUGGAGCUCUUUGUGUCCCCCGUACCUGGAAAAGGAAGUGUUUCCGAGGCUCUGCCAUCUGAGGAAGUCCUGCGUUCACUUAACAUCAAUGUCUUGCAUCGGAGCUUAUCCCAGUUUGGAAUCACAGAAGUCUCCCCUGAGAAAAAUGUUUUACAAGGGCAGCAUGAAGCAGACAAAAUCUGGAGCAAAGAAGGAUUUUAUGCUGUUGUCAUAUUUCUCAGCAUCUUUGUUAUUAUAGUAACGUGUCUGAUGAUUCUUUACAGAUUAAAAGAAAAGUUUCAGCUUUCUCUGAGACAAGACAAAGAGAAAAACCAGGAGAUCCACCUGUCGCCCCUCGCCUUACAGCCAGCCCAGUCCGAGGCAAAGACAGGCAACAGCAUGGUCCAGCCUGAGCAGGCGCCGAAGGUGCUGAGUGUGGUCGUGGACCCUCAAGGUCAAUACGCUCCUGAGAUCAAAGCUACCAGCUCGGUCUGCCCUUCUCCUUUCAAAAUGAAACCCAUAGGACUUCAAGAGAGACGAGGGUCCAAUGUGUCUCUGACUUUGGACAUGAGUAGCCUGGGGAAUGUUGAACCCUUUGUGGCUAUACCAACCCCACGGGAGAAGGUUGCAAUGGAGUAUCUGCAGUCAGCCAGCCGCAUUCUCACAAGAUCACAUCUGAGGGAUGUCGUGGCAAGUUCACAUUUACUCCAAAGUGAAUUCAUGGAAAUACCAAUGAACUUUGUGGAUCCCAAGGAAAUUGACAUUCCACGUCAUGGAACUAAAAAUCGCUAUAAGACCAUUUUGCCAAAUCCCCUGAGCAGAGUGUGUUUAAGACCAAAAAACGUAACUGAUUCUUUGAGCACUUACAUUAAUGCGAAUUAUAUUAGGGGCUACCGUGGCAGAGAGAAAGCGUUCAUCGCCACACAAGGCCCCAUGAUCAACACCGUGAAUGAUUUCUGGCAGAUGGUCUGGCAGGAAGAUAGUCCUGUGAUUGUUAUGAUCACAAAACUGAAAGAAAAAAAUGAGAAAUGUGUGCUAUACUGGCCUGAAAAGAGAGGGAUAUAUGGGAAAGUGGAGGUUCUGGUUAUCGGUGUAAAUGAAUGUGACAACUACACUGUUCGAAACCUCGUCUUAAAGCAAGGAAGUCACACCCAACAUGUGAAGCAUUACUGGUACACCUCAUGGCCUGAUCACAAGACUCCAGACAGCGCCCAGCCCCUCCUACAACUCAUGCUGGAUGUAGAAGAAGACAGACUUGCAUCUGCAGGCCGAGGGCCUGUGGUUGUCCACUGCAGUGCAGGGAUAGGUAGAACAGGGUGUUUUAUCGCCACAUCCAUUGGCUGUCAGCAGUUGAAAGAAGAAGGACUUGUGGACCCACUGGGCAUUGUCUGCCAGCUUCGCAUAGACCGAGGUGGAAUGGUCCAAACCAGUGAGCAGUAUGAAUUUGUGCAUCAUGCUCUGUGCCUGUACGAGAGCAGACUUUCCACAGAAACUGUCCAGUGAUGCUCGGAAGAUUUACCAGACCAUCAAUCUCUAGGGGUGAUUAGUCAAUUACCCACUUGAGGCUUCUGGAAGGAGCUUCCUGCAACGUAAGGAACAAGAAGCCCUCCGGACAGGCUGUGCCAUGGAUUGUGGAAGACAGCAACAUGUUAAAGGCUGCCAGCCCCUUGUGUAUAUGAAUGCAUUUGUAAGCAUCUCCUAAGUUAUUUUGAAG